AUGUCUGCUGCGGUUCCCCUGGCUGUGAGGAUUGCCAAGAACCGCCAGCUUAAGUUGCUUGCCGCUCAAAGUCGUCAUUUGGCCGCCCGUUUUAGUGAUAUCUUUGGUGAUGCUUCUGUUCGAACGACCCGUCUUAAUGACCGACAUUUCGAAAGUACUGUGUUUUAUUCUUUUAGUGGUUUAUGCACUCUUCGAUUGGCUUCAGAGAUCGCGGAGAGUUUAUCGGAAGCAGUGGAGCGUGUACGUGGGGCUGCACUGGCUUUGUUUUAUUCCAAAGCAGACCUACGUCACAUGUUGCAGGCAGUGGACUCGGAUGUGUUUGCAGAGCUCAACGCAACACUUGAUAGCAUGGACGCCAAGGCGGUCAUUCAUCUGGCGCGGGCAAAAAAAGAAAUGUUGGACGCUACGGCGGCGCAGUUUAUGGUGACAGUGACCGCCCAACUUCCGCUGAAAGAUGAGGAGAUCACUGAGGUUGGUGAGAGCGGGGGCAAGGAAUACAACAUCAUGACCGAUAUUGCCAUUUGCCGUAGUACUGGACAGUGCCCGCGAGAUGCGAUCAAAAGGGGGUUUGCAUUGUCACUGGCAGAGCUUGACGAGUAUGCUGUGGAGGAGCAGCGAAGUAGGGAAGAGGAGGCAUGGUGCUACUUACAAAGUGUCCAACGCGACGAACUGCAGCGUGACUGGGAGUCGGUGGCUCUGUCAGUAUUUCUUUCACGUUCGUUAGGUGAUAGGAAUUUAGAUACAAUAGAAUGGCUUCCGCCUUGUGAAGAGACGGACACGGUGCGAGUCGCGUGUUUUUCAAGGAAGGAAUCACGGCCGCUUACGCUCACCAUCCGGGAUGCUGCGGGUAACGAUACCCUUUUGACGUUACCACUUCAUUCUCCGCCGUUGGCGUUUCAACGUGUUCUGGUAGGAGAUGAUGAUGGCUCUGCGCGAAUUGUUCACACAUCAGCGCUUGCGUGGCCGGAGAAAUGGAUUGUAAGUUCAGCCCUCAUGCAGCUUUGUACCAUCUUGAACGCAAGCGUCCGUGCCCCGGAAACAAUUUCAUGCGGCACGGGUGGUGUCGCAUUUACCUCACAGGAGAUAUCUUUUCUGUCCGUCCGGUCCUUUGCAGAGGCACACGGCACUCUACCUGUCACUGCCGUGCCCUACUCUAUCGAACGGUGCCUAUUCAUGGUGAACAAUCGUGUGGCCUUGUGCUUUGCAAAAAAAUAUGGGCGAGAUUAUUUUGGUGGGAGCAGCAUGCCACUUAUUUGCCUGGGUGUUGUCUCCAAUGAAGCGAAAAAGUUGGGGCAGGGGAUCCACCUGCAGCUGGAGGUGAAGCCAUCGGAGGGUGGGGCAGAAUGUCAGAAAUACCGAAAUUUUGUAACCACUCUUUUGCGUAGGGCGAACAAGGAGGCACUGCGAGGGAGGCAUGAAGCGAAGCUGCAGAAAGUUACAGCCAUUACAGCUGGUUUACUGGGGCAUUUAUGGAGGCUUUUUGUCGUCAUUGCUGGGCUGGCAGAGAAGGAGGGUAUGAAUCCCCUGCGGGAUAUUUCUGUGUGGUCCCCAACUGAAAUUCUUUUUAGUGGCAAUCAGCAGAAAAAGCAGCAACAGUUGUCGAGCCUUCUUUGCCAACUCUUUGCCGUGGACGCGCAGGUUGUGGAGAAGCCAUCAUGGGGAGGGAGCCUCCCCAACAUAUUGCAUCUCUCAUCGUCAUCGCUUGGGGUUCAAGCGCUGCCGGUGUGUCACACCUUUGAGACCCCGGAGAUGACCCUCAAACGCUUAUUGGACGAUGCCUCGCCAAGCAUGGCGGAGUUGGUUGAAAGUGCGAGCAAGAACGACCCACGGAGGACGGUGGAGGUGGCGGCACAGCAACGGGAGAUUGAGCAGUCUUCCUACUACUGUCCCGAUAUUCUUCUUAUGAUUCAAGAGAUGCGGCUGGAGCUUCACAUGCCCCAGCGGUCGUUUCCAACUCUGGAGUUUUUUCAGAAGGCCGUACACGACGUUCCGCAGCGGGUUCAGGAAAUUGCGAUGGGCACUUAUGGUGAUGUGCCCGUCUACACCCGUGUUGUGGCGCACUGGGGACCCAACCUGCGUGUGGAGGUGGAAAGUGACAUGAUGGGGCUAACGGACAAUUAUGGUGUCUACCGUUUUGACUCGCCACAUCAUAAUCACUGCGGGCCUUUAGGGCUUCUUUUGUCAGUUGUCUAUACCAUGUACGAGCGUGUCUUUCCCCAUCGCAGGACGGUCCCACUCAUUGGUCUCAACUCCCCCAACAGACGUCGUUCAAUUGACUUUUUGCUCUAUUCGUGGUUUAUGGCUUCCCCACAGAUCCGAUGUUUUGAGAUUAGUACCCGUGCCGCACGAUUGGCGGCAGCUACGAAUGCCAUGGCAAAAAGAAGCUCAGAUGUUGCGGAGAUGACGUUGUCGCAUUCAGUUGGAAACUACAUCAUACGCGCAAUGCUUUUCUACGAUUUUUGUGGCCAGCGUGUGCUAUUUGCUGAGACUCAUGCACCCGCUCUCUGGGAGGCUGUGAGGCGUGUUAACGAGCUGGCGGUGUCACUCAACAUUCCGAAACAAGACUUUUUUCCGCCAAGAGCAACGACACGGCGUGAUUCUCGCAGUUUUUAUACCCCACCUGACGGCUGCGAUUCGGAAGUUGCAUUUGUGUUAAGGGCGUUGAUGAGUGCGACUCGUUCCCAGCUCCGUGUGUGUUUUGUGCGCACAAACGACUCUACAGCAUUGUGGAUAGAGGGAACGAUUGAGUUGCAGGUUCCAAUUCGGCAGAUUCGCUGUGCUGUCUCCGUGACAAGAACAAGGGGUGUAGUCCCGGCACUUGUGCUAGCUUGCCGCGAGGCGUUACGGUGCGCCAGUGAUGAGGAAGAAGCUGAGAGAUUGCUGCGGUCUGCUCAUGACGCUGCUCCCCUCAUUCCGCGCGACAACUUUCCACACUUUUCUUCUCGCUUUUACACCCCUGUCAACCUCUUGGGUGAGGUGUUGCAAGGUGUGGCCGGCAAGUACCACUGCACGUACACGAUUGACCCAAAAACACGUGAGGUGGUUUGCCUGCUGCACGUGCCCGCAAUGGCGGGGUAUGGCAAUGCCGCGCGUGACAGUGUGCCCUUUCCACUUGGUAUAGGCCGGGGUCGAAGCAAAAAGGUUGCAUGGGCCGCAGCGGCUUCACAGGCUUUGCAGGCAAACUUUCCAGAUGUCUUACCGCAGGUGGAGCGGCACAAGAAGCUUUGCGAGCUUUUACACCGUCCCGAUGAUUUAUCGCGGUUGGGCUGCCCUGAGGGGUUCACAAUUGAAGUGGUGCCGGACAGGGAAAAGGAGAGUGGAGGUGGUUAUAAGUGCACUGUUAUUUCUCGUCAACCAUCAAAUGUGAGUGACGUGAAUACGACGGCAGAGGUUUCAGAUGUGGAACAGCCGAAAAUUCUUUUUGAAUAUUCGGCGGAUAGAAGUGUGGAUGCGUACCUUGCUGCCGCUGACGCCUUGUUGGAUCGAUUGCAGCAACAGCGACAGGAACGCACUGCUGCUCAGAUGGGUGAUAGUGUCUUUCAUUUAUGGGACUUCACCUCUAAUUACGGCAAGAGUGUGUGGCACGCUUGCUGCGGCGCAUUGGGCGUCGCGUUUGGGGGUAAAGUUUCCUUGCGUUUUGAGGGCGGACGUGAGGAUGCGUCUGUUUGGGAAAGCGAGGUGCCGAUGCGGGUGCAACUCGUGGUACGUACAUGGAGCCCCGCUGACGAGCGCGUCAUCGAGACGCCGCUUCAUAUGCUGAACGAACGGCGCAUAAUAGGCUAUGGUUCUCUCACCGGGCUGUAUGAGAAGGGCAAGCCCUCGACGGAGCAGUUAAUUUUUGCUUCGACCCACCUUCUGGCGGAGGCCAUUAUUAGGUAUACGGACGAGCACACCAGAAAGUGUCUUCAGCGACUCCUAAAUCUUUUUCAGCAACUGAAAGAGGGGGAAAAAUGCUGUUCGCGCCUCAACGCGAAGCGCCGUGUGGAGUCAUACAUGGAAUUGACGCUCGGUUGUCAGUGCCGCGUGGUUGUCCGCCAGGCGGCCUGCGGUAUGGUGACAGCAGAAUUGGGUGCUUGGCUACCAGGCCAUUUUCGAGAGUCACGCGUCCCUGUUGUACUCUCUGCUUGCACUGAGAAUACGACAGGGAAGGCGUUAUCGGGUCUUGAAGAAAGCGUGCGGCAGGUUGUGGAGUCUCUUUGGGCUAUCGUGCGACGGUCUUGUGCCUGCUGA